AUUGGAAGCCAGGACAAGGAUGCAACGAAUCUUCCUCAAAAAACAAUAAGGAGAUCCCAUACAAGCUGAUCGAGCCAGGGAAGACAGAGAUGGACAAAAAGGCACUUUAUCGAAUCAUGCUAGGAGGUAUUGUGAGUCAGGAGUACCAUUGUGCAUUUAGCUAAGACACUGACAUUUGCAUACACUCCAGUCUCCUAGACCUGUCGCUUUGGUAGGCACGUAUAAUGCAAAUGGAGCACCUAAUUUGGCUCCUAUUUCUUGGUAUCAAAUGGUCAGCCAUAAUCCGCCUUUGGUAAUGAUCAGCUUUGGGGGAAGGCGAGAUCGAGUAAAAGAUAGCGAACAAAAUAUAUUAACAAAUAAACAAUACACAAUAUCUUGUUCAACUGAACAAUAUGCUGAAGCCAUCAAUUUUGCUGCAAUCAAUGCUCCUACCGGAACCUCGGAGUUCGCAUUGACAGGAUUGACACCCGUUCCAGCUGUUCGGGUCAACGCUCCAAGAGUAGGUGAAGCACCUUUUGCGAUGGAAUUAGAGGUUGACAUGACAAAUCAAUGGAAUAAUGAUGAAGGUGAUCAUUCGACCACAAUGGUGAUUGGAAGGGUAAAAAUGAUCCACUUACGUGAGGAUAUCAUUGAUGAAACAGGAGGGAUAGAUAUCAGUGCCUUACGACCAAUCUCGCGUUUCUCAGGAACAACGUACGGCAGAUCUGUGGUAGGAUACGAUUUGGACUUACCUAUUUGGGAUGAAUGGAAAGAGGAUCCCUCAGUGCGAGCAGCUUUGGCCAAGGGUCCCAAGAAGCCAGACAUGGAUUCAAUAAAAGCCACGAUAUUGGAUAGAUUCCCAUAAAUUCGACCCUGCAAUAGUAUUCAUUCCUUAUACAAUGUUAUGUAACAAUGGUACAUGGGUAUCAAAAUUGAAGCUCCGUGUAUAUCAUGCUUGAAAAAUGAUGUGAGGGGAACAAUCAAGCCUCAGCUUGUUCGGCGCUAUCGACAGCAGCGUCAAUGUCUUUGUCCUGGGAGAGAGAAGAAUCAAUAAAGUCAGUACAAUCAACACUCAAAAUGUCUCAAUCUGGU